UUUCCUUUUUUCAUUGUACAUUUCACAGCACAAUUCACAGUGGCUGGACCUGGCCACCCAGUCAUUGCCUCCCUAGGUGGGGAGGCUGUCCUGCCCUGCCACCUCUCCCCCAGGAUGAGCACUGAGAACAUGGAGGUGAGAUGGUUCCGAUCCCAGUUCUCUCUAGCUGUGCUCCUGUACCAUGAUGGGCAGGAUGAGUAUGGAGAGCAGAUGCCGGAAUAUCGAGAAAGAACUGAGCUUUUAAGAGACCACAUCACCAACAUGAGUUUUUCUCUGAGAAUACGCAAUAUCCGACUCUCUGACAAUGGGCAGUACAAGUUUUUUCAGUCCAGUGUCUCUUAUGAAGAUGCUAUAUUGGAACUACAUGUAGCAGGUUUGGGCUCUGCUCCUGUCAUCUCUGUGGAGGGACAUCAGGAUGGAGGGAUCCAGAUUGUGUGUCGAUCAGUUGGAUGGUACCCACAGCCCAAGGCUCAGUGGAGUGAUCUUCGGGGGCAGAUCUUACCAUCAGCCUCUGAAAAAAUAAUCCAAGAGGCCAAUGGCCUGUUUCAAGCAGAGAUAGCCAUUGUUAUAACAGAAGAGUCCAACCAGAAAGUGUCCUGCUCUGUCAGGAACCCCCGACCCAACCAGGAGAGAGAGUCAGAGAUUUCAAUAGCAGAGCUGUUUUUCCCGCGAGUUAGUUGCUGGAUGAUGGCUCUGGGGGUGAUCCUGGUUGUUCUCAUUCCUCUGGCCAGUUACUGCUUCUGGAGGCAGCACAGAGCAAAAGACAAACUCCAGGCUGAGCUCAGAUGGAGAAGCGCCCAGAUCUACACAGUGGACGUGACUCUGGAUCCAGACACGGCUCAUCCCCAACUCAUUGUGUCUGAGGAUCGGAAACGUGUGAGCACAGACACACACCAAGAUCUGCCCCACAACCCUGAGAGAUUUGAUCCUUGUGUCUGUGUCCUGGGCACUGAGGGGUUCACGAGUGGGAAGCGUUACUGGGAGGUGGAGGUGGGAAACAAGAUGAGAUGGUAACUGGGGGUUUGUAGGGAAUCUGUGAGCAAGAAGGGGAAGUUCACACUCACACCUGAGGAUGGAUACUGGGCCGUGUGGCUGACGGGUGGGGAAUACGAGGCCCCCACCUCCCCCUCGACCCCCCUCCCCAUGAGCACCAGGCCUAGCCAAGUGGGGAUUUUCCUGGACUAUGAGGUGGGCGAGGUCUCAUUUUACAAUGUGACUGACAGGUCCCAUCUCUUCACUUUCACUGGCAGCUUCUCCAGGACACUCCACCCUUAUUUCUGUCCUGGUCUCAACUCUGGGGGUACAAACGCAGCUCCCCUGAUAAUCUGCCCGGUCCCAGCUCAAUCUGGAGGGAAUCUCUGUCCCUGACAGUGACCCCACGGCACAGACUGGCCCCUCCUAGUGCUGCUGCUCUUCCUGCCCCCAAUGGUGGGGGCCAAUUACUGCAGCAACUCGACUUUCUGUGCUGACCAGACGCUGCCGGUUUCCCUUUUCAGCUGGAGAUUUCAGUC